CUUUUGAUGCAAGAGACUUGAGAGGUCCAUAAAGCUGAUAAGAUCGAAUUUGUGAUGAUAAGUGUCUUUUCUUUUUUCUUUUUCCUUGGGUGGACAUAGUUCCUUAAAAGUUUUGUCAGUACCUGGGAGUGUCUCUUACAGGAACAAGUGUGUUUAUCCAUUUGUCAUAAGGUUCAUGAACAGGAUUUUGGACUAGAGAUUUUUUCUUGGAGGAAGGAUGGGUUGAGUUAUUGUAUCAGCAGUGAAAAUAUAAAGGAGCUUUUCGGGUUCUGUAGAUGAAACGGUGAAGGGAAUUUAUUCCCAUUUCAAGAUUUUAAUAUAUGUUUGUCCGAAUAGGGUUUGUUGUUGCUGCUUCCAUUGCAGCUGUUGUUGUUAAGCGGCACAACGUUAAACCCACCAAACCGAGCAAACAAUCAGAAAAUGGCAAAGGAGGCGAUAAAGAAGAGGCUGUGUAUCCCGACAACAAUCUCAACGAUAAGAAUGUGGAGAAAGAGGAGGAGGAGGAAGAAGAAGAAGAGGUGAAACUGAUCAACAGUGUAAUCAAUCAGACUCGUGGAAGUUUCUCGGACUAUUUAGAUGAUGAUAUUUUACCCGAGUUUGAAGAUCUUUUAUCUGGUGAAAUUGAGUAUCCAUUGCCUGAUGAUGAUGAUGAUAAUAACAACUUGGAGAAAGCAGAGAAAGAGAGGAAAUAUGAAGUCGAGAUGGCUUAUAACGAUGGUGAGCUCGAAAGGUUGAAACAAUUAGUCAAGGAGCUAGAAGAAAGAGAAGUGAAACUGGAAGGAGAAUUACUCGAAUAUUAUGGACUCAAAGAGCAAGAAUCAGAUAUUGUUGAGUUACAAAGACAGCUCAAGAUCAAGACUGUGGAGAUUGAUAUGUUAAACAUCACUAUUAAUUCUCUUCAAGCUGAGAGGAAAAAGCUUCAAGAAGAGCUUUCUCAAAACGGUAUUGUAAGGAAAGAGCUUGAGGUGGCGAGAAACAAGAUCAAGGAGUUGCAGAGGCAAAUCCAGCUCGAUGCUAACCAGACGAAAGGACAGUUACUGUUGCUUAAGCAGCAUGUGUCGAGUCUCCAAAUGAAAGAAGAAGAUGCGAUGAAUAAAGAUACCGAAGUGGAGAGGAAGUUAAAAGCUGUACAGGAUUUGGAAGUGGAAGUUAUGGAACUUAAGAGAAAGAACAGAGAGCUUCAACACGAGAAGAGAGAGUUAUCCAUUAAACUCGAUUCAGCGGAAGCAAGAAUUGCAGCUCUUUCAAACAUGACUGAGAGUGACAAAGUGGCGAAAGUUAGAGAAGAGGUUAAUAAUUUGAAGCAUAACAAUGAAGACUUGUUAAAGCAAGUGGAAGGGCUUCAGAUGAAUAGGUUUAGUGAAGUUGAGGAGUUGGUUUAUCUCCGUUGGGUCAAUGCAUGUUUACGGUAUGAGUUAAGAAACUACCAGACACCAGCUGGUAAAAUCUCAGCUCGUGACUUAAGCAAGAACCUAAGUCCCAAGUCACAAGCAAAAGCAAAACGGUUAAUGCUAGAGUAUGCUGGAGCGUUCAGUCAUCACCUUCAAGAUCAUUCUAUGGAGGAUCACCGGGAAGACUUAGCUCGAGCAUGAAUAAACAGAGAGGUCCUUUAGAAUCUUUGAUGAUUAGAAACGCAGGUGAAUCAGUAGCCAUAACAACAUUUGGUCAAGUGGAUCAAGAAACAGCUCCUGGUACCCCUGAAACACCGAAUCUUCCAAGAAUCAGAACACAACAACAAGCUUCUUCUCCUGGUGAGACUUUGAAUUCAGUUGCAUCAUCGUUCCAAGUGAUGUCUAAAUCAGUUGACAAUGUUUUGGAUGAGAAGUAUCCCGCGUACAAAGACAGGCAUAAGUUGGCGGUUGAAAGGGAGAAGCACAUUAAGCAUAAAGCUGAUCAAGCGAGAGCAGAGAGAUUUGGUGGUAAUGUGGCUUUGCCUCCUAAACUUGCUCAACUAAAGGAGAAAAAGGUUGUGGUUCCCUUGGUGAUCACAGGUGAUCAGUCUAAUCAAUCUAAUGAUCAGUCUAACGAAGGUAAAACCAGCGAAAACGCUCAAGCCGUAACCAAAAUGAAGCUUGUAGACAUUGAGAAACGACCUCCUAGAGUACCUCGCCCGCCUCCAAGAUCAACUGGAGAUGGUAAAAAUAGCACUUUACCCUGUGCUAGACCUCCUUUACCAGGUGGUGGUCCACCGCCACCUCCUCCACCACCAGGCGGUGGGCCUCCUCCUCCACCUGGUGGUGGACCGCCGCCACCACCGCCGCCUCCUGGAGCACUUGGAAAAGGAGCAGGAGGCGGGAGCAAAGUUCACCGAGCUCCUGAGCUUGUUGAGUUUUAUCAGUCAUUGAUGAAACGUGAAUCGAAGAAAGAAGGGGCAACUUCUUUGGUCUCUUCAGGAACUGGUAAUUCAUCAGCAGCUAGGAACAAUAUGAUUGGGGAAAUCGAGAAUCGAUCAACAUUCCUCUUAGCAGUAAAAGCGGAUGUGGAGACACAAGGGGACUUUGUUCAGUCGUUAGCAACUGAAGUCCGAGCUUCUUCUUUCACCAGUAUAGAAGAUCUCUUGGCUUUCGUUAGCUGGCUAGAUGAAGAGCUCUCCUUCUUGGUUGAUGAAAGGGCAGUUCUUAAACACUUUGACUGGCCAGAAGGUAAAGCUGAUGCACUACGGGAAGCAGCUUUUGAAUAUCAAGAUCUCAUGAAAUUGGAGAAGCAAGUUACUUCCUUUGUCGAUGAUCCUAAUCUCCCUUGUGAACCUGCUUUGAAGAAGAUGUACAAGUUGCUAGAGAAGGUUGAACAAAGUGUAUAUGCGCUUUUACGUACAAGAGACAUGGCGGUUUCACGGUAUAAAGAAUUCGGAAUUCCAGUUGAUUGGUUAUCUGAUACUGGCGUUGUUGGGAAGAUCAAGCUUUCGUCAGUUCAGCUCGCGAAGAAGUACAUGAAACGAGUAGCUUAUGAGCUUGAUUCAGUGAGUGGUUCGGAUAAAGAUCCAAACAGAGAGUUCUUGCUUCUCCAAGGUGUUCGUUUCGCUUUUAGAGUCCAUCAGUUUGCUGGAGGGUUUGAUGCAGAAAGCAUGAAAGCAUUUGAAGAGCUUAGAAGCAGAGCCAAAACUGAGAGUGGAGGAGACAACAACAACAAUAAUAAUAAUAACAAUGAGGAAGAAUCUGUAAACUGAGUUUUAUUACUUUCUUUUUCUUCUAUGUCUCUUUGUAUCAUUGUAUCACACAUACUUGAUUUAUAGUACAGUGAUUUUUAUAGAUUAUUGUAAGAAAUACAUUUUUUAUUGUUUUA